CUCCAACAACACUAUGGCACCACCAAAAACAAGCAAGAAGCGCGCGGCCGACAGUCCCGCAGGCAAGGCAAAGAAGGCGCGCACGGACGCGCCGGCGGGGCCGGCGCCGCGCGCCGCGCCCGCAUUCACGUCGGCGCUCAAGGCCGAAGAGGUCGACUUCCCGCGCGGCGGCGGGACAACACUCACACCGCUCGAGGUCAAGCAGGUGCGGGCGGAGGGUCGGGCAGAGGCAGACGCCGAGGGCAAGCCGAAGCCGCGCAAGAUCUCGGAGCGGCACGCGAAGCGGCUCAAGAAGGCGACGGGGUCGGGCGACGCUGCGCGCGCCGAGCGCGAUAAGGACACGAUCCGCGUCGAGGAGCUCAGCUACAAGCGCCUUGUGCCCGGCACACUCGUGCUUGGGAGGGUACACACUGUGCUUCCCCUGCACCUUGUCGUGAGCUUGCCGAACAACCUUCUCGCACAUGUUCCGAUCACCGAGGUGUCCAACACGCUUACCGCCGCACUCAACAAGGAGAUGAACGACGACGAGGAUGUGGAGAUGGAAGACGAGGAGGAGGAGGAAGGCGGCGCACCGGAGUUGCCAGAGCUCUUUGCGCCGGGGCAGUACGUCGCGGCCAAGGUGCUGAACGCGUUCCCGACGGCGAGUCAGGCUUUCGUCGCCCAGUACCCCGUGUCUGAAACGACCAAGCUCGCCGCCCGCAUCGAGCUCACCCUCAUCCCGGAAAAGAUCAACGGCGAGGUCGCCAAGGCCGACCUCACAGACGGCUUCCGCAUCACCGGCGAGGUGCUCAGCAAGGAGGACAAGGGAUACCGUGUUGGCCUGGGGCUCGGCGAGUCCGCCCCCGGCGUCGAGGGCUUCCUCCGCAACGAAGAGGUGGACGGAGAACUCAUCCCCGGCCAGCUCCUCCCCGCGAUCGUGAAGACGGCGACGGCAGGGGGCCGCGUGCUCCAGCUCAGCAUCGACCAGCAGACACUGAUCCACUCGUGCCUCACUGAGGUGUCGAACAUCGGCUCUCUGCUGCCAGGGACGCUCGUGAGCGCCCUCAUCACCGCUGUCGUGCCCUCGGGUCUCAACGUUAAGCUGUGUGGGUUCUACGAUGGCACGAUCGACCUCGCCCAUCUCGGGCUCGGCGAGGACGAGAUCGAGGCGCGCUUCAAGAUCGGCAAGAAGCUCAAGGCGCGUGUGCUCUACGACUUUGUGGCUGCCGGCGAGCGUCGCUUUGCCCUCUCCGUCCUCCCGCACAUCUUUAACCUCUCCUCCCCGCUUACUGGAUCCAAGGAGCCGCUCGAGGAGGCGGUUCCUAUCGGCAAGACGCUGGCGAGCGUCAAGAUUACCCGGGUCAUUCCCGACUGGGGCGUGGUCGCGCGCACCGACGACGGUGUCGAGGGCUUCUGCCAUAUUUCGCACCUCACCGACGAGCGUCUCGCAACGUUGUCACACAGCACCGUCCAGUUCAAGUCGGGGACAUACCACCGCGCGCGCGUGAUCGGGCACUCGCCGCUUGACGGCGUGCUGCUGCUCUCGUUCGAGCCGCGCGUCCUGAACCAGGUGUUCAUGGCCGUUGGCGAGCUCGAGGUCGGCCAGGUCCUCAAGGGCACCGUCAAGCGGCUCUCUGACAAGGGCCUGUUCGUCAACGUCCAGGGAAGUGUGGACGGUGUCGUUUGGCCCCUCCACUACGCCGACAUCCGCCUCAAGCACCCCGAGAAGCGCUUCAAGCCCGGCUCGAACGUCAAGGCUCGCGUGUGGGCGCUUGAGCCGGCGCGCAACCGUGUUGUUCUCACUCUCAAGAAGAGCCUUGUCGACUCCGACCUCCCAGUCCCGAAGGCGUUUGACGACGUCAAGGAGGGCGAGAUCACGCCUGCUGUUGUCUCCAAGCUUCUCGACAAGGGCUGCCUCGUUGACCUGUUUGGCGGCCUGCGCGCCUUUGUGCCCCAGUCUGAGGCUGCACAGGGUUUUGUCGCCAACCUCGCUGACAUCUUCUACGUCGGCAAGCCAGUCACUGUGCGUAUCACCGACGUGGACACGGAGGCAAGCAAGCUCGUUGCCUCCGUGCGCCAGGCGCUCCCCACCGCUGUCGCGGCCGAGAAGCUCGAAGUCGGCGCGGCUGUCAAGGGUAUCGUCGCCCAGAUCCACGCCGAGCAGGUCGUCGUCACGCUCGUGCCUUCGCAGCUCACCGCACUGCUCUCGCUUGCCAACCUCUCCAACCACCGCGGCAUGGGCGUCGACGAGCUCCGCAAGUCCCUCAAGACUGGCGAGAAGCUCGACGACCUUGUCGUCGUCUCGAAGAACGAGAAGUCGGGCCUCCUCAUUGUCGCGAACAAGCGCCGCGAGAAGGAGAAGAUCCCCUCCGGCGUCUCUGCCGCUGCGCGCUCCUUCGACGACCUGCAGGUUGGCGACGUCGUCCCCGGCCGCGUGGUUGGCAAGACGACCGCGGGCGCCAUGCUCCGUAUCGGCAAGCACAUCCGUGGACGCGUGCACCCCUGCGACGAGGCGGACGACCUCUCGAACGCGGCGGGCACCGGUGCGCUCCGCGUCGACGACAAUGUGCUCUGUGCUAUCCUUGCCGUCGACAGUGCCGCCCGCACCGUUGACCUUUCGACGCGCAAGUCUCGCGUCAACCCCGAUGCCAAGGUCAAGGUCGCGGACCCCGAAAUCACGUCCUUCUCCCAGCUCAAGGAGGGGCAGGCUGUGCGCGGCCUCGUGCGCUCCAUCACGCCGGCGGGCCUCUUCGUCUCGCUCGGCCGCAACAUCACCGCCCGCGUCAUGAUCAAGGAGCUCUUCGACGACUUCGUCAAGGACUGGAAGCCUCGCUUCGCGGUCAACCAGUUGGUGGCGGGCAAGAUCUUGUCCGUGUCCGACGACCGCGCUGAGAUGACGCUGCGCACGAAGCCCCGCGAGAAGGCGCAGGCCGGCAAGGGCAAGCUCCGCAUCGGCGACUUCGCCGAGGGCCAGAAGGUCACCGCCGCAGUCACGACCGUUGAGACCUACGGCUUGUUCCUGCGCAUCGAUGGCUCGGACGUCUCCGGGCUGUGCCACCGCUCUGAGAUCGCCGACAACAAGAAGACUGAUGUCGCGGCCGCGCUCAAGGGCUUCCGUGUGGGCGAUGCCGUGCGCGCCGUCAUUAUUGCGCUGGACAAGGAGAAGGGACGCGUUAACUUCUCCAUCAAGGCGAGCCACUUCGCCGACGAGUUCGAGGGUGCGAAGGCCGCCGACGAUGACAUGGAUGAGGACGAGGAGGAAGGCGAGGACGAGGAUGAGGAGGACGAGGGGAUGGACGAGGACGCUGAAGAGGGCUCAGAAGAAGACGAGGAGGAGGAGGGCUUCGACGACGAGGAGGCUGACUCCGAUGCGGACCUCGGCCUCAUGGGCAGCGAUGACGAGGACGUCGUGCGGCUCGAGGACGAGUCUGACGAUGACGAGGAAGACGAGGAGGAGAUUGACACAGCACCUGCUGGCUCCUCCAAGGCUCAGAAGAAGGUCUCGACGGCUGGCCCCAUCGCCGUCGGUGGCUUCGACUGGGCUGGCAACGCGGCCGAGUCCGACUCUGACUCCGAGGACGAGUCGUCUUCAGAUGCGGAGGAGACCGUCGCGCCCAAGAAGAAGGGCAAGGGCAAGGUAGACUUGACUGCCGACGCGGCGUCGGCCCGGCCCCAGUCCGAGUCUGAGUUCGAGCGUGCCCUCCUUGCGUCGCCCAACUCGUCCUAUCUCUGGAUCCAGUACAUGUCGUUCUUGCUGUCGCUGCACGAGGUUGACCGUGCUCGCUCGCUCGGCCGGCGCGCGCUCGACCGUAUCGCUUUCCGCGAGGAGGAGGAGAAGCUCAACGUGUGGAUGGCGCUCGUCAACCUCGAGCUCGGGUUCGGCACGGCCGAGUCGGCCGACAAGGUGUUCAAGGAGGCGGUCCAGUUUAACGACGGCCGUGCCGUGUACACGCGCUACAUCGACGCCUUGAUCGCUGCGGGCAAGGACGCGUCUCUCAUCGAGGCGACGUUCAACAAGAUGCUCAAGAAGUACUCUGCGUUCCCCGAGACAUGGGCGCGCUUCGCCGAGUUCCACUUCUCAUCCACCUCCCCGUCCGCCGAGAAGGCGCGUGCCCUCCUCCCGCGCGCCCUCCAGUCGCUCGACAAGAAGGAGCAUGUGGAAGUUACGAAGCGCUUUGCGCUGCUCGAGUACAAGCUUGGCUCGGCUGAGCGCGGCAAGACGCUCUUCGAGGGCAUCCUUGAGCGGCACCCCAAGCGGCUUGAUGUCUGGAAUGUCUACGUCGACGCCGCAGGGCGUGCGGGCGACAUGCCCACCGUCCGCGGCCUCGUUGACCGCGCGCUGUCCACCAAGAUGAACGCUAAGCGGGCAAAGUUCGUGUUCAAGAAGUGGCUUGCGCUCGAGUCGCGUGCGGGAGACAAGGCCGGGAUGGAGAAGGCCAAGGCGCGCGCACGGGAAUGGGUUGCGGAGAACGCAAAGGUCGAGUCCGAAGGCGAGAGCGAGAGCGAGAGCGAGGGAAGUGAGGGGAGUGAGGGUGAGAGCGACGAUGAGAGCGACGACGAGUAGCAUAUAGAUUCGGAUUGCAUGCAUGGUUCUCAGCAC